UUUAGCCAUUGGUACGUUUCAUCCUGAGGUGAGAGCGAGCCUGCUCGGUUCAUACGGUCCCAACAGGGGGUAGACUGUCUGCAAGUGCAAGUGGAGUGUCGGGGGUUUGCGGCAUAGGAGGGAGAUAAGGGAGACUGCCUAAACGACGAGUCACAGGAGAAACACAGGCACAAAACGCUUAAACUAGAGUAUUUUGUUCAGAUUUAGCUUAGCUUUUUACUGAUACCUGUGAACGAGAACGGCUUUCCAAAUGGCAAGUCCUGUAGACGACAUAGGACAUUCUCAUCAGCAUCAGUCGCCCUCAGAAUCGACUGCAGAGCCCGCGUUCCUGGAGGCGCAAAAAUGGAUUGAGGCAGUAACGGGACGCUGCUUCGGGGACAAGGACUUCAGAGGAGGCCUGGAGAAUGGGAUCCUGCUGUGCGAGUUGUUGAGUUCCGUCAAACCUGGUUUGGUGAAGAAGAUCAACAGACUCCCUACUCCCAUCGCUGGCGUGGACAACCUGAGUGUGUUCCUGCGAGGCUGUGAGGAGCUGGGGCUGAAGGGCUCCCAGCUGUUUGAUCCAGGAGACCUGCAGGACACGUCCACACGGCCCAACGCCAAGAUCGCAGACGGCACCAGGAAGCUGAAGAAUGUUCUGAUCACCCUCUACUGGCUGGGCCGGGCCGCCAACAGCUGUAUCUCCUACAGUGGACCCACCCUGGAGCUGAAGGAGUUUGAGGGCCUGCUGUCACACAUGCGAAAGGAGGUGGAGGAGCUGGACAGUCCUCGCUGCAGCGUGAGGGACAGUGGCUACGUGGACUGCUGGGACUCUGAGCGGAGCGACUCUCUCUCCCCGCCGCGCCACGCCCGCGACGACUCCUUCGACAGCCUGGACUCUCUGGGCUCUCGCUCCCCACACACCCCGUCUCCGGACGCCCUGGUUGCCCGCGGCAACAGCGAUGGCCGAGGCAGUGACUCAGAGUCGGACGCCCCCCACAGGAAGCUCCCAGACGUGCGUAAGGACGACAUGCUGGCUCGCCGCACCUCGGUCAGCGAGCCCCGUGCCGCCAUGCCCUUCAACCAGUACCUGCCCAACAAGAGCAACCAGAGCGGCUACGUCCCCACGCCCCUCCGCAGGCGGAGGGCCGACCGUGAGGAGGGCGGCCGCAAGAGCUGGAGUACCGCUACCUCCCCCAUAGGGGGCGACAGACCCUUCAGAUGCAGCUUCAGAUCUAGUGUGUCAGAUGACCCAGAGAGCGUGAGCAUGAUAGACAUGCGCUGUGAGGAGGAUGCUAUGCUGCAGCCCCACAGCCAGACACGCCACCAGCUCCUCCACCAGCAGUACCAGCACAUGAAGGAGGACGAGGACCACUGGCAGGACGACCUGGCCCGGUGGAAGAGUAGAAGGAGGAGUGUGUCCCAGGACCUGAUCAAGAAGGAGGAGGAGAGGAAGAUGAUGGAGCAGCUAAUGACAGGAGGAGGCUGCACCUCCCAGAGGAGGAAGAGUAUCAAGACCUACAGGGAGAUCGUAGAGGAGAAAGAGCGCAGGGAGGAUGAGCUUCGCCAGGCGUACCGUAGUGCCCGCUCCCCCGAGGAGGCAGCGUCUGUCCUCCACCGCUACGCCCUCCGCUUCACCAUCAGCGAGGCGGUGCUGGAACGCCUGCAGCUCCCCAGGCUGCUGGACUGCAGCACCUCCACCGACCCCUCCCUGUUAUCCUCACCCCUCUCCCCCUCCACCGAUGACCCCGACGGCCCCCUCAGGUACCUGAGGCAGCAGUCCCUGCCGGCACCGCGCUUCACCGCCAUGGUGGAAGCCCAAGUGGAGGGCUUCGCCCCGGCCAACGCCCACCGGCCCCAGAUCCGCUCCCCUGACCGCCGCGCCCCGCCCCGGGCGCUCUCCCCCAAGCCUGUGCCUCUGCUGACGCCCCAGCCUUACCUCCAGAGCAAGCCCACGCUGGCCAACCUCUGCACGGGCAAGACGGACAGCUUGCUGCGUGUGAACGGAGACGUGGGGGUUGUUGACUCCAUCACCCCCGACAGCGAUGGCAGCCCCUCCCCCCUGCUGUUCCACCCCUCCCCUGCCACGCCCACGGCCAAACCCUCCCCCCCCUCACAGUUCCACCCCUCCCCUGCCACGGCCACGGCCAAGCCCUCCCCCCCUCUCAGCCCCUCCCCCCUGCUGUUCCACCCCUCCCCUGCCACGCCCAAGCCCUCCCCCCCUCUCAGCCCCUCCCCACCUGCUGAGGUCCAGACGGGCGGUGGCAAGACUGACGCCAGCGAGGCUCCGCCCACCUCUCUGCUCUUGCAGGGCCCAGAGGAGGCAGGAAGCCCAACCAAAGCUCCUCCCAGGAAGGAGGCGGAGCCAACACAAGUCCCGCCCACAGAAACCGUUUUGAAGAAGCCGGAGGAGGCUAGUUUGAGCAGCUCUGCUCCCAGACAGAUCCCAGCUGCCACCUGCUCUGUCCAAUCAGAGCACACCACACAGCAAGCCCCACCAAUGACUUCUCAGGUCAGGGGGAGUAUAGCGGAGGAGCCUGGGAGCGUGACGGAGGCUGUGGUCUUGGCUGGUCCAGGACCUGCUGCUGCCAGUGACCCAGGAACAGAGAUAGCAGAGAAGGAUCAUGGGAAGACGGCAGCCCCUGGGUUGCCCCUGGCGACGCGGCCUGGCCGCUGGUCGCGGGACCCUGAGGAAGAGAGGAGGCGUCAGGAGAGCUGGCAGAGAGAGCAGGAGCGCAUGCUGCAGGAGAAGUAUGAGCGUGAGCAGGAGAAGCUGAAGCAGGAGUGGGAGACAGCCCAGAGGGAGGUGGAGGAGGAUGAGAGGAGGCACCACCAGGAGGAGCAGAGGAUACUAGAGGAGACUGUAGGCCCCCUUACCCCCCUCUCCCCCCUCCCCUCCUCCCUGACCCCGCUUGCCUUCUCCCUGCCCUCCCUCCCCUCCUCCCUGCCCCCGCUCCCCUCCUCGCUACCCCCGCUUCCCUCCUCGCUGUCGUUCAGUCAGAACAGCACCAAGCGAUCAAAUGGAGACAGAAGGUUUGCUUCUGUUGAGAAGUUGGAACCCAGUCCAUCCAAGUCACCCUCCCCCUCAUCCUCAGACACACAGCCCCCGUCUCCCAGCAGGUCAGUCAGUGGGAAAAAGCUGUGCUCCAGCUGUGGUCAUCCACUGGGCAAAGGGGCGGCCAUGAUCAUAGAGACCCUCAGCCUGUUCUUCCACAUCCAGUGCUUUAAGGUCAGAGACCCCUGGAGGACUAGCUAGGAGGGACAUG